CAGCACCGUGUCCCCUGCCACCAGCCCUGCCCCAGCCUUCCAGGUCCCACCCCCUCCUGCUGUGUUUAGACAUGGCCUUCCCAGCAGGUGUGAGGCGGCCUCUCAUGUGGCUUCCAGGUGCAGGUCCCUGGUGACAAAUGACCUGGAGCAUUUGUGCUGGGGGAAAAUGUAAGAGCCACGGUUUUUAGCUGAGGUGUGGUUAUCGUGCCACCUUCCGAAUGCGCUGCUGUCCCUUCAGGAGCCCUGCUGAGCCCGUGUUGACCGGGCGCAGCUGGUCCACCUUGCUCAGCACCCACCGGGAGUCCACUCUUUCCACCAGUGGUGACUGUGCAGGCGGAGAAAGGCCGAUCCACGUGCGUGGGGUGGGAUGGACUCCCCCACGCUGGCCGUCCAGACUGGCUCACCUGCCUGAAAAACCAAGGGCCACCUUCCCAGAGGGCGGUUCCGGGGAAGCAGGACGGGGUGGUGCAGACUGGACGGUCCAGGGAAGACCCGGCAAGGACCAGUUCGCGGCAAACCACGGAGACGGGGCUCCUGCGGCAAAGGGUGCACCCCAGUCAAGGCGGCUGCUCCGGAGAAGGGGACCGCGUGGCCGAACUGGGGACAGGGUGGGCCGUGGGGAAACCCGUUGGCGACAGUGGCCCAGGUGUGGGCAGUGCGGCCUCUGGUUCCGCCUGGGCCGCCGACCGAGGGGACCCGCAGACCCCAGGCCCGGUGGCAGCGGCCAGCGCACUCAGGCCCUCGGCCUCAGCCGCGCUCUUGGGCCCGAAGGGCACGGCGGCCGGGCCUCGCUGGAGGUCCGCGCGGGAAGCCCCGCGCCUGGUCCACGCAGGCUCCCGCUGAGCCGGACCAGAGGACGCACUGCGGCGACAAGCCCCAGCCUGCGGCGCCCGCGGGGGGCCUUCAAUCGUCUGCGGUCCCGCAGAGGAGGCUCGGCAGGGAGGCCUUCCGCCAGAGCGCCGACGGUCCUGCACCGCGGGGCGCACACGGGCCACAGGCCCGACGCCUGCCCGCACUGCGGCGGCUUCCGCGACCGCCGGUCCCCCGCCCGGCACGAGCGCACGCACACCGGCCAGAGCCCCUGGGCCUGCGGCCAGUGCGGGCGGGCCUUCAGCCAGACCUCGACGCCGGUCACGCACCGGAGGACGCACGCCAGCGGGGGACCCACGGGGCGGCCCACUGCGGGGCGGCUUUCCACCCCGGCGGCCGCCUGGAGGGCCUUUAACUGGGCGCCAGGUUCGUGGAGGCCCCCGUGCCCGCCACAGCGAGCAUCGCCUCCGCUCCGCAGGCAGCACAGCCGCAGAAGGCGCAGAGGUGGGGACCGAGGUCAGGGCGCCAGGCUGACCCAGUCGGCCCAGGUUCGCGGGCUCUGCCUCUCUGGACUGGGCCCGAGACACCCUGGCUGGGAGAGGCCCAUGGAGUAGAGGCCAGGAUGGCCAGCGUGUCCUCACCGUCCUGAGCAUCCACCGGGAGCUGAGGGGAUACCAGGCACCAGUCCGUCCUUCCGUGUGGCUCCCGCUGCUUGAAGCUCCACCCCAACGCUCUGGGUCGGGGACCACCUGCCCACACUGGGCAGGGGAAGCGGCGACGUGCCAGGCCGACGUGCGAAGGCCACGAGGUCUGGACUCAAAUUGGAGGGCCACGUUGUCCUGGGUGGCCAGCGAGUGGGCGUGGGGGUGCUCCCUUCCCAAGGCCUCCCUCCCAGGCGCCCACCUUCCUGUGGAUCUUCACCCAGUUACUGGGGGAGGCUGUGCCGCUUCCUCACACCCAAGUAGGACAUGAACUUAGAAUUGAUCUUUGGACUGGGUUGCGGCUCAGUGGCGGAGCACCUGCCUAGCAUGUGUGAGGCACUG